ACUGAGCGCUAGCUCAAUAGCUUAGUCAUGAAUCGCCCGUGUGUUUGUGGACAAAGGCAACUGCACCACUGCUGGAUAUAAGGGCAGAGUCCGAGCCUACGAAUAAUUAAUAGUGGAUUGACUCUGCAUGUGUCUGUUUUUGGCCUUUGUUCACCGCAGUCAACACGGCUUUGUUAAAGAGUAGGCGCUAGCAUUGCUCACGAGCUGACAGAGUCUGUGUUCUGUGGGGUUUGAAGGUGCUCCGGUUCGGGUUUGGCACGGAGCUGUCGCGAAACUGGCGAGGUGACCCAUGAUGAAUCGCUUCCGAAAGUGGCUUUAUAAGCCAAAGAGGUCAGAUCCUCAGCUGCUGGCCCAGUUCUACUAUUCAGAUGAGGAACUGAACCAGGUGGCCACUGAGCUGGACAGUCUGGAUGGCAGGAAAGACCCUCAGAGGUGCACCUUGCUGGUCAACCAGUUCCGCUCCUGCCAGGACAAUGUGUUGAACAUUAUAAAUCAGAUUAUGGAUGAGUGCAUACCUGAAGACCGAGCCAACAGAGACUUCUGCGUGAAGUUCCCAGAAGAGAUCCGCCAUGACAACCUGGCCGGGCAGCUGUGGUUUGGAGCAGAGUGUCUGGCAGCAGGAUCCAUCAUCAUGAAUCGUGAAAUCGAGAGCAUGGCCAUGCGGCCACUGGCCAAAGACCUCACCCGCAGCCUAGAGGAAGUGCGCAACAUCACCCGAGACCAAGCGCUGCGAGAUCUCAACAACUACACCGACCGCAUGAGGGAAGCACUGCGACAGUUCGACAGCCUUUUUGCGGAUUUUGAGCUCAGUUACGUGUCAGCUAUGGUGCCUGUAAAGUCUCCUAAAGAGUAUUACAUCCAGCAAGAUGUGAUCGUGCUCUUCUGUGAGACAGUUGAGAGGGCCCUGAAGUUUGAGUAUCUUACACAAGACAUGAUUGACGACUACGAGCCAGCACUCAUGUUUACAAUCCCUAGACUUGCCAUUGUCUGUGGCCUUGUUAUCUACUCUGAAGGGCCUCUUAACCUGGACCACAAACCAGAGGACAUGUCUGAACUCUUCCGGCCUUUUCGCACUUUGCUGAGAAAAAUAAGGGACCUUCUGCAGACUCUAACAGCAGAAGAGCUCAUGACGCUGGAGCGUAGCCUCUGCAUCUCUCAGGAAGGAGAGUUUACUGGAGGUCCCAGCACUUCCACUGAGAGCCAGAUAGAGACCCUGGAGAAGGAUGAUGCAGUACAAGAGGAGGUGGUGGACCUCACACCCUGCGUAACCCAGGAAGAAGACGCUGUAUGGAAGGAGGAAGAAGGAGGAAAGAGGCUACAGGAAACCCCUUGUGAAAGCGAAGAGGAGAAGGGCACUGAUGAAGACUUGGCUUGCUCCAUGCAGUAUGAUGAAGAAGAGAUAGAGCAGCUCAAUAUAAUGGUGCAUCAAGUAGGGGAUGUAAUGUCCAUAUUGCUUUCCCCUCCGAGUCAGAAUCAAUCUCCAGCCCACCGGCCUCAACCAUAUGGAGGAAGCAGUUUGGGGGAUUCCAGUGCGGCUUCUAGCACCCAUGCGUCUCCUCGGAGGGGUGUACCGGGCUCCUAUCAUGAUGAUGAUAGAGUGUUCUUUAUGGAGGACUUCGAGGCUGGAGGAGUUGUAGGGGAAAGUGUAACUAGCGAGCUUUGCCAUGGACAGUUUCCCCUUCCUACCGUAUGCCUCCGAUCACCUGAGAACUCUAGACCCGCCCCUUUGAGUGAUUCAUCCUGUAACGGUUGGUUGACAGUCUGCCAGUCAAGCGACUCCACCAAUCUUGACUGUCACUCCAAAGGGAACUCUGAUCAUUUGCCCUUGGUGAACGGCUGGGAAAAGUUGCACGAGGAGGACUGCGUAGAGGCUGCGGAAGAGAUCGCCAAUCGCAGCGGUGGAAUGAAACUAUCCGCCACAGUGAUUUUUAACCCGCAUUCUUCAUGCUUGUCCGACUUGGCCGUGGUCUUACCUCAAUCAGCGGAUGGUUUGGAGCCCGGCGAAGGCGGGGCUUUAGUUGCCACUCAGUGCCUACUUAACUCCUGUGUGUGCUGUGCUGGCGGAUGCAUCGACAACCAUGAGGACGGCGUCACCUUAGAGCCUGCUGGACGGGGCAUGUCGCUGGGAUUUGAUAAACACAAGCUCACCAUCACAAGCUCCGUCAUCCAAUCAGCUGUAGCUGUUGGCAGCCCAGGGAAGGGGGACGGACAUUUACCGCUCACCCUGCCUCCUUCCCAGGGCCACCUCACCCCACACUGUCCCAUGCAGAACCCAGCAAGAGAGGAUGGUGGCAGUCAGGACUGUACCCAAUAUCCCAGCUGUGAGAAAUGUCUGGCAGGAUUUCUUCUGGCUCAGAAUAAUAGAGGCUUGGGACAAGGGGAGAGAGGACCUAGUUGCACCCAACAGGACACGGGAUGCCAGACGCAACCCAACACUACAGCAAAAGGGAGAUCGGAGGGUUUUGGAAAACAGUCCAAAGAAGAAAAUAAAAAGAGCUCUAGUUCUCAGGAGUCCCCCCUCAGUUCUGUACCCAGCAGUGACAUUGAGGGUGUAUCUGUCACUACAUGCAGUUUGUCAAGUUCAUACACACCCAGCCCCGUCAGUAGCCUUACCAGCUCGGAUAUGUCUGAGGAUCUGGAUCACCAGGAGAUUCAUGUGGCUUUGCAGGCCGCCAAUCUUGCUGCUCACAAUAAAAUUCGUUUACGUUUCCAUAGUAGUAGUGACCUCAUUCACCGGCUUUUUGUCUGCAUAUCAGGUGUGGCUGAUCAGUUGCAAACCAAUUAUGCCAGUGAUCUGCGGAGCAUCUUAAAGACUCUGUUUGAGGUCAUGGCUACAAAAUCAGAGCAAGGGGACAAUGAGAAGCCCAAGAAAAGUCCAUGUCUGGGCAGUGCAGUACUGGAAGACUGUGCUCUCUGCCAGGAGACAAUCUCUUCAUCAGAACUCGCUGCCAAAGCCAGAGAGGGACAGUUUGAAGAUCCUCCUGAAUGGGUUCCAGAUGAGGCCUGUAAUUCCUGCAUUGCAUGUAAGGCUCCAUUCACAGUCAUCAGAAGAAAACAUCACUGCAGGAGCUGUGGAAAGAUCUUCUGUUCUCGCUGCUCAUCGCACUCAGCACCGUUGCCUAGAUACGGUCAGAUGAAGCCAGUGAGAGUUUGCACUCACUGCUACAUUUUCCACGUAACGCCUUUCUACAGUGACAGGACUGGUAUCUGACCACAGUGCUGUCCGCACACCUUACGCACACUCACAAUGAGACAUAAGCACACUACAAUGAGUUUACUGAGGUUUGAUAACUCAGUACCCAUUAGUGUAUGAGACAUGCACAUCACUUUAACAUCAUCAUCCAAAAAAAGUGUAAAUAUUAUAAAACACUAAAUGCAGUUACUUCAAAGCAAGAAAAAGAGUCUUGACCAGAGAACAAACAAAGAUGGACUGAAUUACAGUUGAGAAUGCCUCAUAAAGGAAGCACAUCAUGGAAGAACCCCAUUGCUGUGGGAUCCAAAGUAUUUUUUUAGGGCUUUGCUUUUGAACAAUGAGCUUCAUGAAACAAUUUGCUUUAAGGGAGCAUGGAACAAGCUGGCUAUUCUGUAAAACAGAAGUGCACCCAAAAACUACACGUACAUGGCAAAAAUAAAAAAAAAAAUCCGGCUUGUUAGAAAGAUUUCUUCUGGCAAAGUUCUAUGGGCUCAAAUUUCCAUAGUGAAUGUAAACUGAGCACAUGAAAAAUAUGAAAAUAAUAAAAAUGUGACUCAUAUGAAGACAAUGAUAUUAAAGGGUAGUUCACCCAAAAAUGUAAGUUAUGUCAUCAUUUAUUCACCCUCAUGUUGUUCCAAACCGUUUGACUUUCUUCCAUGGAACACAAGACAUUUUAGACAGUUUGUUAGUCUGUCACCAUUCACUUUCAUAGCAUCUUUUUUCCAUGCAAUGAAAGUAAAUGGUGACUGAGGCUGACAUUUUUAAACUGGUUUGAAAUGACAUGAGGGUGAGUAAAUGACGACAGAAUUUUCAUUUUUAGUGAACCAUCCCUUUAACACUAACUGCACCAUCAAGUGAUGCUUUCGUGGCACAGUAUAGCACAGAUCAUUGAUUUUGGUUUUGUUUUUUUAUGUUUUUAUAUAUAAAAAUAAUGCUGCUUUCUGUAAAACAGAAGUGAGAUUUCGGGAUUAAUUGAAUGGCCAAAAAAAAGGUAUAUGUAUAUAUGAUUUUAUGUAUCUUCCAAAAGAGAAGAUUCUCUUAUAUUCCUAAUACCAAUGAAUGUGCAACAUUUGGAUGUUCUGUUCUUUUCUUUUUCUCCAUUAACUUAUACUGAACUGUAAAGUAAUUGCCUUUUACAGCAGUGUGGGAGACUUUUGCUUUUCCCUCUGGUACAAAGGAACACUUUAAAGCCCCUACCUCAUCCCUUCUGAUGACUUCCUGCCCCCUUGCACCUUUUCACACUGCUCCAUGUUAUUAUAUUAUGUCUACACUACAGGAUCACUCAUUCAUGACUGUUUUCAACACUAAUAGGCCUUUCCUUGUCUUUAUUUUGCACAUUUGAUUAUUAUUAUUAUUUUUUUUUAAUCUUAUCCACUGAGAUCAAUAUAUAGUGUCCAACCACUACUUUUUGUCUGUAAUUGUAAAAGUUAAUCUGAUUUGAACAUGUAUGAACAAUUACUUGAGCCUUUGAGCUAUAAGAAACUCAUAUGAUUAUGUAAUCAGAGGAACAUGGUUUAAUGUUGUGUAGCGUUGUUCUUGCGUAGUACCUCAAACUUUGGCUCAACAUAAGAUAGUUAACCCAAAAAUGAAAAUUCUGUAAUUUGCUUACUCUCAUGUCAUUCCAAACACAUUUGACUUUCUCGAAGAUCCAUUUGAAUUCCGUGGAAUACCAAAGUAGAAGUUUAGCAGAAUGUCCAAGCUGCUCUCUCCUUACAGUGGAAGUGGAUGGGCCCAGGGACUGUCAAGCUCCAAAAAAGGUCCAUUAAAGUAGUUCAAACAUUAUGUGUGCUAUAUUCCAAGUCUUCGGAUGCCAUAAGUGUGAGGAACAGACUGAAAUUUAAGUGGUUAUUCAGUAAAAUCUUUCUUGGGCACCAGUCACUUUCAUUGAAUGGAAUGUGUGGACAUUCUGCUUUAAACUCUUUUUGUGUUCCGCAGAAAAAAGAACAUCAUAUGUGUUUUGAAAAACUGGAGGGUGAGAGAAUCAUCAAAUUUUCUCUCUUUUUUCACUUUCAACUUCUGUGGCCAGCAAAACAUCUGCUUUUAUAACACUGUCAUGUAAUCACCUUACAGACGCCAAAGUGAGGAUUGAUCAUUUUUAUAAAAGGGCACAGAUUUAUAAUUAAUAUCAAUUUAAGCAGUUUCUGUAUUAAUACAAGUCUGAGAUUGAACUAAUUUAAAAAUGUGCUGCAAAACGAUUUUUGACCAAACACUACUAGCUGAUGCACUUUGUAUGACAAAUAGUGGAGCAUUGAAAUGUACUAUAGCUGGUAAGCAAUGCCACACGUGAUGAUUUCCUGUGUGUAAUGAUCUAAAGUUACAGUUUUACAGUGAUCUAAAGCCUAUUCAACUGUUGGCCCAUUUGAAAUUUUAGUGGUCCGCAUGCUCGUCAGUUGUCUUAGGGGCUGUACACACCGAACGCAUUUUGUGUCUGUUUUCUUAAUUGUUUUCCUAUGUAAACUUGCGCUAGACAGACAUCGCGCCACGUCUCAAUGUUAUUACAGUGUCUCGUGCAAGAGAUCCUUUUAGAGGAUGCCCUACAAAUAAUAAUUAUCCGUCAUUUUGAAGAAAUUUAAAGAUUUAAAGAACUAAAAUCAAAGAUGACUGACAAGCGUGAGUUCGGAGAAACAGAAAAGUUCUGUUCAUUAAUUUGGUCAAGAAAACAUUCGAUUUGAAAUGUCAAACGUUAAAUCAUUGCAUCUAUAACAAUCUUCACUGUUAUUGUUCAAUAAAAUGUUUAGGAUCAGUCUGAUUUACUCUCUCUGUUAUGAACUCAGUUUAUUUAUUUAUUUAUUUUGCCCUAUUUUAAGAAUGCUAGAUAUAAGUGCAGCACUAUGCGAUAAGUCACACACAAAGUCAAUGGGCAUAGCCAUGAAGUUUUGGUAUUUUUGUGUGCUUAGACUAGGAGAUAGUGGGUUUGAUGAAAUUGCACGCACAAAGCGCUAAUGGGCUGGGUCAAGACCAAUUUAAUUAGGAGGUUCUUUUCCGGCACCGUCUACGUCCUAUUAUAUAGUCCAUUCUCUGUCAACAACUAAUGAUAUAAACAAAGACAGCACAUUCAUAAGAAGUUAGUAGUGUAAAUGGAUUGUAUGCAAUGAGUUAAAAGAAUAGAAAUAUGGACUUGUGUUAUUUUGUGCAUUAAAUGUUGAAUGGCAGGUAUAUUUCUAUGACCAUGACAUGCUUUUUUUACAUACAUAGAAAAUGUGGUUCUCGUUAGGUUUUGGAUCUACAAAAUUAUAGAUUAUAAAUAAAUCUCUAGUAAAUUAUAGAGAAUGUAAGUAUUAUUAAUUAUUUUUAUCUACAGACACACAAAUCACAGCUAGUAUUAAAAGUGAUUGUAUCGACACGCACUUCACUUCUACCAGUUGCUUUUGAUUUUGAAAAAUGUAAUUAAUUUAUUAAACCAAAAAUAUUCCUAAAAUCAAAUUACACUUCAAACAAAACAAAAUUAUAAUCAAAAUAAUGAAGUGGUCAAAAAAAUCAUACCAAAUACAAACAAUUUUACUCUCUCCAACUUCUUCCACCGGCCCCUUUUGCAGACUAUAAAAUCCUUCUGUGACAACAGGUGGAAAAAUACCAAUACAAAUUAGAUCAUAAAUACAAUUUAAAUAUAAGCAAUAAUAAUUGAAAAAUAAACCAUGACCUAAAGAUAGUUUAACACAAAUCUCAUAAAUAUUUGUUUCAUAAAACAGCUACAACAGUGAUCGUCAUGGACGGAAUCUGGAAAUGAACUUUACCACCUGCUGGUGGAAUCUCCAAACUGCAAAUGCAGGAACUGAGUUUAGACUUUUCAAUAAAAAAAGAUGUGCUUUUGAAACGUCUUGGUGCAGUGAGCUGUUUCUCAGGAAAAAAACCCCACUUCAUUUACAUACAAUAUACACCCCCAGUUUACGUGCAUAUAGAUAUAUUGCAUACCCACAGAUAGCGCAAACACUCCCACCCACGCCCACUUGCGCUUUGUGCUGGCACGAAAAUUAUUAAAAUAUUCUUGCUUGGCCCCCAUGCCCUGAAGAUGUUUUCCAUCUCGCCCACUUGUCGAUGAAGUUCAAUAGCCCAGAUCUAAAGUUUAACACUGCCCCUGAUUGCAGAUGGUAGUUACUGACUAAAUUGUUCUGAGAACUUGCAAGUUGAUAUGUUCAGUUGACUGAAAUAAUUUCUACUAAUAAUUAAUUUAUUAAUAAAACAUCCAUUAUAUGUAUUUAUCUUUAUCAGUCAGUAAUGAACACAUUCCUAUUAAUCAAUACAUUUUUAUUUUAAAUUGACAAUUAAUUGUCCAAUGAUAGCUGGCUAUUGAGCUGUUUUUUUUUAAUUGCAUACAGUUCCAGUACUGGCCCAUACUGAGCUACCCACUCUGUCAAAUAAUUUGUUGCCCGGGCCACAAAAAACAGGUUUCUAGGACAGUGUAGGUCUCAUGUGUUUGCAUGCAUCCUCUAAAGUAACAUUUAUUAAGUUGACCAGGUAGACUAGCAAUAAUGUAAGAGUUACAUCAUGGUUAAGGCAGCUUAUACUGCUUGUUGAUUGAUUCUAGUUGAUACUUCUUUCUGAUUAUUGAUAAUAGUUUAUACCUCAUUACAUUUUACAAAAAAAUGUCCAAAUCUGUCCUGAUAUCUUGUAUUCUCUCUCAUCACAUUGAUAGGUUCACAAGAAAUUCACAAAAGCGUCUGUAAAACAAAAUGUACCACAGUCUAAUAUUUGUGGAAUAUUACAAUGUGUAAGAAACAAAUUCAUCAAAUUUAUUAAGUUAACCAAAUGACAAACUUCUACUUUUUUGUUUAAUGUUUGUAUAUAGUUUUUUUCUGUACCUUUUGCAUUCUCUUGUUGAAGAGGUUAUUUGAUUUUGGCAUUACUUUUCAUACAUGUUUAAAGAUAUAGAUUGUUAAAUGCCCUUUACAUUUUCUUUAUGAACCAUUAAAGGGAUAGUUCACCCAAAAAUGAAAAUACUUUCAUCAUUUACUCACCCUCAUGCCAUCACACAUGUGUGACGUUUUUUCUUCUGCAGAACAAAAACAAAGAUUUUUUUGAAGAAAAUUGCAGCUCUGUAGGUCCCUACAAUACAAGUGAAUGGUGCCCAAACUUUGAAUCUUCAAAAAUCACAUAAAGGCAGAAUAGAAGUAAUCCAUACGACUCCAGUGGUUAAAUCCAUAUCUUCAGAAGUGAUAUGAUAGGUGUGCAUCAGAAACAGAUCAAUAUUUAAGUCCUUUUUUUACUAUUAAUCUCCACCUUUGACCAGCCUGAACAGUAGGUGGCGAUAUGCACAAAGAAUGCAAAUCACCAAAAAACAAAAGAAGAAUGUGAAAGUGGAGAUUUAUGGUAAAAAAAUUAAAAAGGCUUAAAUAUUGAUCUGUUUCUCACCCACAUCUGUUAUAUAACUUCUGAAGACAUGGAUUUAACCGCUGGAGUCAUAUUGAUUACUUUAAUGCUGACUUUGUUCUUUUUGAAGAUUCAAAGUUCUGGUCACCAUUCACUUGCAUUGUGGGGACCUACAGAGCUGAGGUAUUCUUCUAAAGAUUUCUAGAACAAUAUCUCAGCUCUGUAGGUCCCCACGAUGCAAGUUAACGUUUGUGUUCUGCAGAAGAAAAAAGUAAUGCACAUCUGGGAUGGCAUGAGGGUGAGUAAAUGAUGAGAGAAUUUUCAUUUUUGAGAGAAGUACCCCUUAAAAUAGCUGGUUAUUGCUUUAUUUUGUUACAUUGGCAUUCUCUGUAGUCACCUUUUUCCCCAAAAAACAGUGCAGUUCAAUCAGUUAUAAAUUCAUAUGCAUUAAGAAGAUGAUCAAAUUCUCUUCAGAUUUACAUCAGCUUUAAGAGUACCUGGCUGCCCUAUCCUACUGAAGUUUUUCUUAAGUAUUGUGAUCCUGUCCAUGAGACCUGUUUUUUGUUUUUUUUAACUUGUCUUGAGAUUCUUCAGUAUAAUUAUUCAUUGUAAUGAUGCAUCAGUACGGCUUAAAAGUACAUUUACCUGCAUAUAAUUCAGACACUUAUAGUCCGCUGAUUAUAGAACCUUCAGGAUUUGGAUAGACAACAGACAAUGGAAUUAAUUUGCAGUUGCACACUGCACAACUAACAUACUGCUCAUACUUUAACUCAUUACGUUUUAAAGCAUUAGGAUUCCUUAUCGGCAAAUACCAUGGUCUUCUAUACAGGUUUUAUUCGUAUUUAGUGAUGUGAUCAAGUAUACAUUUGCCUGAAGGAUCAAUUUGAUAAUUUUUCUUGUUGCUUCCUGUUUUGAUGUCAUGACUGUUCCUCAGGAAUGGCUUGAUUGUACGUUGGCAUGAUACUGAGUAAUUGAUUUUACAGCUAUUCUCUGAAUGUAUUUUGAUUGGAAGUGAGAUGGUGUGGGACGGGGAAUCAGCCAAAAACCGAUCACUUCCUCAGAUCGCAGGUUCAAUGUCUACAGAUUCAACUUCAAACCUGUCAUGUGAUUAGCUCACUUUCUGAUUUUUACCCUUUUCCUAUCCUUCAUUAAUGUUUUUUUGUUUUGUUUUUUUCUUUUUCUUUAUUAAUUAAAAAUAAGAUUAGUCUUUAAAAUUAUACGAAUGUUUUAUUUUACAGAGAGCAAAAAUAAUGAAAUGUAUAAAAUUACUUUUUCUGUAUAAAGAGAAUCACAGUAAGAUAAUUUACACUAUUUAUUCAAAGCUUGUUUUUAUUUUGUAAUGGCUGGUUCAGUCUAAUAAGAUGUAAAGAAGAACUUUUCAAAGUCUACUAAGUAUUUAUGUCAUGCAAUGAA